UCCUUUUCUUUCUAACCAAAAGGAAAGGAUUGGCUGUUGGUUAAGUUUGCCACUUUGCCUUAUCCUGGCGGGAGAGAGUACUGGAGAAAAGAGAAGAGAAUGCAAGCAUCAAUUCACCCUUUAACUUGCUAUUUAUCUCUCAAUCCUCCCACCCAUAAAGGAAAUGGUAGUUUAACUGUUAAUAAAGCAUUUAGAAGAACAAGGAAGAUUCAUAGGCCAAUAUCAUCAUCAAUGGGGAUACCUGAAAAGGGAAGACAUGUUAAUUCAGAUGGUAUUGAACGGUUUUACCUUGGAUUGGACUUUGGUACAUCAGGAGCUAGAUAUGCUCUCAUUGAUAAACAAGGACAGAUUCAUGCUGAGGCCAAAAGAGAAUACCCUCUUUAUUUGAAUGGAGAAUCCGUUGAUUGGGGGCGCUCAUGGAAAGAAACACUUUUUUCAUUGCUUGAAGACGUUCCAAUAUAUCUCCGACCUCUUGUUGCUUCCAUUUCUAUUGAUGGCACUUCUGCUACAACUAUGAUUGUUAACAGCUCGACAGGGGAGCCAUUAUGUAGGCCUCUUUUAUAUAACGAGAGUUGCCCCGAUGCUCUACCAGCAGUUAAGUCCAUAGCUCCUCCAAAUCACACGGUUUGUACUGGUUCUUCUACACUGUGCAAGUUGGUUUCUUGGUGGAAUUCUGAUAGCGAGAACAAGGAUUCCGCUGCAUUAUUACAUCAAGCAGAUUGGUUACUUUGGCUACUACAUGGGAAGUUGGGCAUCUCAGACUACAACAAUGCUCUGAAGGUUGGUUUUGACCCUGAAACGGAUGCCUAUCCACCUUGGCUUCUCGCACAACCGUACUCGAGUGUUUUACCUUCUAUUGUAGCUCCAGGAUCUGCGAUAGCGAAUGUGAAAGAGGAUGUCAGACAAAAUUUAGCGAUUAUUUUGACAGGUUUCUCAGAAGAUUGUGUUGUUUGUGCUGGAACAACUGAUAGUAUUGCUGCAUUUCUUGCAGCUCGUGCCACAGAACCAGGAAAGGCGGUAACAUCUUUGGGGUCAACACUUGCAAUAAAAUUGCUAAGCAAAAGCAGGGUUGAUGAUGCGCGAUUUGGAGUGUACAGUCAUCGGCUUGAUGAUAAGUGGCUUGUCGGAGGAGCUUCAAACACAGGAGGGGCUGUAUUGAGACAACUUUUUACUGAUGUGCAGCUGCAGAAAUUGAGCGAGCAGAUUAACCCUUCACUACCUUCUUCUCUGGAUUAUUACCCUUUACCGGCUAUAGGAGAAAGAUUUCCUGUAGCAGAUCCCAACAUGAACCCUAGGUUGCAUCCGCGUCCUGAUAGUGAUUCUGAUUACUUGCAUGGUAUCCUUGAAUCCAUUGCACGCAUAGAGGCAAAGGGUUAUGGCCUACUGAAAGAACUUGGUGCAACCGAAGCAGAUGAAGUUUUCACAGCGGGAGGUGGAGCAAAGAACGAUAAAUGGACUAAAAUACGAGAGAGAGUGCUUGGUUUGCCUGUCAGUAGCGCUGCGCAAACAGAAGCUGCCUACGGUGCGGCUUUAUUGGCAUUGAAGGGUGCUAGACAAUAAGAAAAACUCAUCUAGAAUAUAUAUGCUUGACUAGCAUUGGUAUAGAAUUCAAGUCCAAUGAAUAAAUCUGCCAUUUUUGAAAAUGGUCCUUGUCCUUUUUGAAGUUUCCGUAUCAAAUCUCCCAUACACUAUGUGCAAUCAUUGAAUUCUGAUCUCUGCAUAAAAGAUUACAUUAAUUGA